GCGGGCUCCGCCCCCUGAGCUCACUUCCGGGCGCCAGCACUGACCGCCUAUCCCCGUCGCCCCAGAGCAACCAUGGAGCGGCAGGUGCUGCUGAGCGAGCCCGAAGAGGCGGCGGCGCUGUACCGGGGCCUUAGCCGCCAGCCCGCGCUGAGCGCCGCCUGCCUGGGCCCAGAGGUCACCACGCAGUACGGGGGUCGCUACCGGACUGUGCACACUGAGUGGACCCAGAGGGACCUGGAACGCAUGGAGAACAUCCGAUUCUGCCGCCAGUACCUGGUGUUCCAUGAUGGGGACUCAGUGGUGUUUGCAGGGCCUGCAGGCAACAGUGUGGAGACCCGGGGGGAGCUGCUAAGCAGAGAGUCUCCUUCAGGCACCAUGAAAGCUGUGCUGCGCAAGGCUGGAGGCACGGGCACUGCGGAGGAGAAGCAGUUUUUGGAGGUCUGGGAGAAGAACCGGAAGCUCAAGAGCUUCAACCUGUCAGCGCUGGAGAAACAUGGGCCGGUUUAUGAGGACGACUGCUUUGGCUGCUUGUCCUGGUCGCACUCGGAGACACACUUAUUAUAUGUAGCAGAGAAGAAGCGCCACAAGGCUGAGUCGUUCUUUCAGACCAAAGCCCUGGACGUCACUGGCAGCGAUGAUGAGAUGGCCAGGACAAAGAAGCCAGACCAGGCCAUUAAGGGGGAUCAGUUUUUGUUUUACGAAGAUUGGGGAGAAAACAUGGUUUCCAAAAGUACUCCUGUGCUCUGCGUGCUGGAUAUUGAGAGCGGCAACAUCUCUGUGCUUGAGGGGGUUCCUGAGAGUGUGUCCCCUGGACAGGCAUUCUGGGCCCCUGGAGACACAGGUGUGGUGUUCGUGGGCUGGUGGCAUGAGCCCUUCCGGCUGGGCAUUCGCUUCUGUACCAAUCGAAGGUCAGCCCUGUACUAUGUAGACCUCACUGGGGGGAAGUGUGAGCUCCUCUCAGAUGAGUCUGUGGCUGUCACAUCUCCCCGGCUAAGUCCAGAUCAAUGUCGCAUCGUCUACCUGCGGUUCCCAUCUCUGGUCCCCCAUCAACAGUGUGGCCAGUUGUGCCUGUAUGACUGGUAUACCAGGGUCACCUCGGUGGUGGUGGACAUUGUGCCUCGGCAGCUGGGAGGGAGCUCUUCAUCGCCUAGAGUGCCCCCAUGUAUGGGGCUGCCUUUCUGUCACAGUUGUGGGCCCCAAGUGAAUUCCCCAACAACGCAAGCCUGCCUCAUAAUUUUGACAACCUCCCCACAUCUCCACUCCUGGAUGUGGCCCUGGCUCUCUGCCUUUGCAGAGGACUUCUCUGGGAUCUACUGCAGCCUUCUGCCUCUGGGAUGCUGGUCAGCUGACAGCCAGAGAGUGGUUUUUGACUCACCUCAGCGCAGCCGGCAGGACCUGUUUGCUGUGGACACCCAGAUGGGCAGUGUGACCUCUUUAACGGCUGGGGGGUCAGGUGGAAGCUGGAAGUUGCUCACAAUUGACCGGGACCUCAUGGUGGUGCAGUUCUCCACGCCCAGUGUACCCCCAAGCCUGAAAGUUGGGUUCCUGCCUCCUGCCGGGAAGGAGCAGGCGGUAUCAUGGGUAUCCCUGGAGGAGGCCGAGCCCUUUCCUGACAUCUCUUGGAGCAUCCGGGUACUACAGCCACCCCCACAGCAAGAGCAUGUGCAGUAUGCUGGCCUUGACUUUGAAGCAAUCCUUCUACAGCCCAGCAACUCUCCAGAGAAGACCCAGGUGCCCAUGGUGGUCAUGCCCCAUGGGGGACCCCAUUCAUCCUUUGUCACUGCCUGGAUGCUGUUCCCAGCCAUGCUUUGCAAGAUGGGUUUUGCAGUACUACUAGUGAACUAUCGUGGCUCCACCGGCUUUGGCCAAGAUAGCAUCCUUUCCCUCCCUGGCAAUGUGGGCCACCAGGAUGUGAAGGACGUCCAGUUUGCAGUAGAGCAGGUGCUCCAGGAGGAACACUUUGAUGCAGGCCGUGUGGCCCUUAUGGGUGGUUCCCAUGGUGGCUUCCUCUCCUGCCACCUGAUUGGUCAGUAUCCAGAGACCUACAGUGCCUGCGUGGUGAGGAACCCUGUGAUCAACAUUGCCUCCAUGAUGGGCUCCACUGACAUCCCUGACUGGUGUAUGGUGGAGGCUGGCUUCUCCUACAGCAGUGACUGCCUGCCAGACCUCAGUGUGUGGGCUGCGAUGCUGGACAAGUCGCCCAUCAAGUAUGCCCCUCAGGUGAAGACUCCACUGUUACUGAUGCUAGGCCAGGAGGACAGGCGUGUGCCCUUCAAGCAGGGCAUGGAGUAUUACCGUGUUCUCAAGGCCCGGAAUGUGCCAGUCCGGCUCCUGCUUUAUCCCAAAAGCACCCAUGCACUAUCAGAGGUGGAGGUGGAAUCAGACAGCUUCAUGAAUGCUGUGCUCUGGCUGUGCACACACUUGGGCAGCUGAAGCCCUAUCUGUCUGCCUGAGCUGGGUGCCCACACUUGGCUCUUGGAGAGUCCCAUGGUCUGGCAGAGCUGCAAGAGGCUUCCUGGGCUCUGGACUCCAUGGAUGGGUGAGCUGAGGAAUGUGGGCUGUAUACUCAUAAUAAAUAAGGACACAGA